AGCUCGUGCGAGCCACCUGUCAAUGUAUAAUUUUCUGAUGAAGUAACGUUCCUUGUACAUAAUUUUAUACAAAAAAUAUUUAUUGCAUUAUUUUUUGUCCGCGAUCAAAUGAAAAUUGAGCAUGGAGCUUGAAGACAACAGCUGGUUGGAAUAUAUCGUCACCAGUCAGAUAACUCUCUACUUCAUCUUACUCAUUUAUUAUACUCUUGGUAUAAAAACGAUUUACGGAAGAUCCAGUCAACGAAAAUUAGCGACUGUGCACCAAAGGUAACAAAGGCAACUUGGCAAGACUAGGGGCCAGAGAGGUACAAAACCUGGCAAAAAAUCCAUUCACGGACUUAUACUCAUCCUCAUGUCUUAGAGUCUUAUUUUUAAAGCUACUAUAUUUGCACAUAAUACUGUGCUUGAGGAACUAAUAGACAAUGCAGUCCUGUAAGAAAAUUUAAUGUGCUGACAAGGAUUUUCUCUACAAUGUCGAUUGUCCCAUAUGUUUCAACGUACUGACAAUGCCUAUAAAAGCUGAUUGUGGUCAUGGCUACUGCAUGGACUGUUUGUACACGUACUGGGAAAAACCUUCGUGGAAUAACUGCUGCCCCCUAUGCCGAUUGCCGAUAAGUAAUUUAAGGCUUCUAGAGAAUUCAGAACAUAAAUAUAUGGACUCAACCAAGAAAGUACUGGAGAAAAAACUUUGGAAGAUACUAUCGCAGUCCUACCUCUUGAGGCUCAACCAUAUACUUCAAAUGCAAAUUGUAUGUAAAAUCAUUCUUUGUAUGAUCUAUCUCGCCAUAUGGACCUGGACUGUAGCUAAUGCAAGAAAUAUUUUAUACAUAUUUACUCAAAUGUAUCAUCAAUUUUACAAACUAGAUCAGCCCUCUAAUAGCCUGAAUAAAAUACAUGUAUAAUAAUUAACAGUAAAUUUUUGAGAAUA